AUGACUCCUCAGAGAAAAGUCAAACACAUCCUAUGUCUAACUAACAUUCAUGCCUUGGCGUCCCCUCACAUCUCAGCCCUGGACCCGUGCUCCGCCUACAUCAGUCUGAAUGAGCCCUGGAGGAACACUGACUUCCAUGUCAACCAGUCCUCCGGCGUGCCCCGCUGCGACAGCCACGUGGCUGGAGAAUGGUACCGCUUCACCGGCAUGGCAGGGGACGCCAUGCCCACAUUCUGCAUCCCUGAGAACCUGUGUGGCACGCACGCCCCCGUAUGGCUCAACGGCAGCCACCCCCGGCUCCACCAGGGCGUCGUUACCCUGCCCGUCUGUGCCAGCUUCAACAACAACUGCUGCCACUGGAACGCCACUGCGGAGGUCAAGGCCUGUCCGGGCGGCUACUUUGUUUACCGCCUGCCCAGACCCUCGGUCUGCUUCCACGUCUACUGCGGCCAUUUCUAUGAUAUUUGCGAUGAGGCUGAUUGCAGAGGUCCCAGAUGCCCAGAGUCGGACUGUAGCUGUGCACCAGGCAGCGUCCUGGGACCAGACGGACAGACGUGCCUGGAUAUAAAUGAGUGUGACAAUGGCAACGGUGGCUGUGCAGAGCUGUGCGUGAACACCAAAGGCUCCAGGCGCUGUGAGUGUGGACGGGGAAGAGUACUGGAUGAGGAUGGACACAACUGCAGAGAGAUUGCAGGUUGUCACGCCAACAAUGGAGGCUGCAGCCAUGGCUGCUCCCUGCUGCCGGACUCCUAUCACUGCCACUGUCCCAGAGGGUUGGAGCUCGGAGAGGACAAGCGAACAUGCCGGGUGCCAGUCCAGUGUGAUUCCAGCUCUAUAACUGUAUCAGUUCCUAAAGACCUUGUGGCAGGACUGGAGCUCUUUCUAUCCAACUCUUCUUGUCGGGGUAUUUCCAACGGCACACACAUCAACCUCAGCUUCAGCCUCAAGACGUGCGGAACAGUGGUGGAGGUGACAAGUGAGAAGAUUGUGGGGACCAACCUGGUGACAGGUCUGCCCAGGAGCAGCUCAGGCAGCAGCCCGGAUCUGAUAGUCCGGACCAGCAAGUUACUGCUCCCAGUCACCUGUGAGUUCCCCCGGGAGUACUAUGUGUCAGACGGGUACCAGGCAAGCCUGCGCAGCUCAGCCCUGGAGCUGGAGAGCCACAGUGAAGGAACCUUCCAGUUCAACCUGGAGCUUUUCAAGAAUGCUGAGUUCUCAGAGCCCUACCGCACUCCGCCCCAGCUGCGGCUGCACGACUCCCUGUUCUUUGGGGUGGAGCCAAAGGAAAGAGUUGAAGGCCUCUCCACCCUGAUACAGUGCUGCUUUGCAACACCGGGGCCAAAAGCUGACCAGGCCCUCAAGUAUUACCUCAUCAAAGAUGGAUGCAUCUCUGAUGAGACAGUGACAGAAUACUCAGCAAAGGACCAGCUCUCCAAGCGCUACCAGGUCCCUGUCUUCAAGUUCCUCGGCAAGGACAAUCAACAAGUGUUCCUCCACUGCCAGGUGCUGGUGUGCGGGACAGGCGACACCCGCUGUGCCCAGCGCUGCCAGCGGCGUGCCAGACGGGGGAUUCAGACUGGUCAAUCUCAGGAUCAACACCUGCUGAGCUCAGGCCCCAUUUAUAUGCUGCCCUAA